CAAGGUGAUGGGAAUCAUGAACUCUUUCGUCAACGACAUCUUCGAGCGCAUCGGUGGUGAAGCGUCUCGUCUCACUCACUACAACAAGCGCUCCACCAUCACAUCGAGAGAGAUCCAGACCGCCGUGCGUCUGCUGCUGCCCGCUGAACUGGACAAACACACCGUGUCUGAGGCACAAAGACCGUCACCAAAUACACCAGCUCCAAAGAGACCAAAACCUGAAGUGACUGUAAAUCCAGAUCAUCAUGUGUUCAGAGGAGAGACAGUCACUCUCACAUGUGACAUACAGAGAGAAACACACACUGAGUGGAGAUACAGCUGGUUUAAAGAUGGUUUAGUCAAUCCAGUCAGCACUGAGAGAGUGUACAGAAUCACAUCUGACAAAUCUCACAGUGGUAAAUACAGAUGUAGAGGAGAGAGGAAACAAGACUCACAGAGAUCAGACAUCAGUGAUGCUGUUACACUGACUGUAUCAGAGAUUCCUAAACCUGUUCUGACUGUAAAUCCUAAAACAUCACAGAUAUUCAGAGGAGAGACUGUCACUCUCACAUGUGACGUACAGAUGACAAAAGUGACAGACUGGACAUACAGAUGGUUUUGUGAUGGUGUUCAUGUUCAAGACUCUAAUGAGAAAGAGAUCAAGAUUACUGCAACAUACAGCAGAUACAGCUGUAAAUGCAGGUGUUACGCUAUCAGAACAUCUACACAAAUCAGCACUUCCUGGAGUGAUGAAGUGUCAUUUACUGUCAUCGAGAAACCAAAACCUGAAGUGCGUGUAAAUCCAGAUCAUCAUGUGUUCAGAGGAGAGACAGUCACUCUCACAUGUGACAUACAGAGAGAAACACACACUGAGUGGAGAUACAGCUGGUUUAAAGAUGGUUUAGUCAAUCCAGUCAGCACUGAGAGAGUGUACAGAAUCACAUCUGACAAAUCUCACAGUGGUAAAUACAGAUGUAGAGGAGAGAGGAAACAAGACUCACAGAGAUCAGACAUCAGUGAUGCUGUUACACUGACUGUAUCAGAUAAACCAACACCAGCUGUGAUUGUGUCGCCCCAGAGUUCAGUGUUCACUGGAGACACAGUUACUCUGAGCUGUAAGUUCACACACUCAACUGGAUGGACGAUUCACUGGAAUAAAGACUCAAACUCUGAAUCCAGUGAUGCUGCAGGAACUAAAACAAUCAGAUCAGUGAAAGUCUCUGAUGGAGGACAGUACAGAUGCAGAGCACAAAGAGGAAUCUACUACACACAUUACAGUAACACAGUUCAAGUAACAGUUAAAGAGAGACCAAAACCUGUAGUGACUGUAAAUCCAGAUCAUCAUGUGUUCAGAGGAGAGACAGUCACUCUCACAUGUGACAUACAGAGAGAAACACACACUGAGUGGAGAUACAGCUGGUUUAAAGAUGGGACCAUCAAUCGGUAUAAAAACAUUCUCAAUCAAUGCACAAAACAAGAGUGUGAAAUUAGCAGUGUUGAACUCUCCCAUCAAGGUAAAUACAGCUGUUCUGGAAGAGAGACAAAAGGAUCACGCUACACACACAUCAGUGAUGAACUUACACUCUCAGUAUCAGAUUUACCCACAGCUAAACUCACUGUACAUCCAGAAACAUCUGUUUUCACUGGAGAGACAGUGAUCAUGAAGUGUGACAUUGAGUCUGAUUACAGUAACUGGAGAUAUGAGUGGUAUAAAGACAGAACUGUAGUGUCUGAGUCUGAGCGUUACACUGUAAACACAAACACUCUCACUAUCAGAGGAGCUACUGAGUCUGAUCAACAUCAGUUCUGCUGUCGAGGAAAGAGAGAUGGAAGACCAGCAACAUCACAGAACACAAGUGUUAUUCUUUCUGUUAAAGACUCAAAGCUCAAUCCUGAACUCACAUCAGAUACUGCAGGAGCUGCACUGACAGGAAACACGGUGACUCUGAUCUGUCACAUGACUCAGACCGCUGGAUGGGACUUUUACUGGUACAAACACACACAGAACUCUGAGAAAAAGAAGACAGAAACAAACUCCUACAGAGUCCAUAUUGAUUCAGUGUCUGAUGGAGGUCAGUACUGGUGUAGAGCUGGAAGAGGAGAACCAGUUUACUACACAAACUACAGUGAUGCACUGUGGGUCAAUGUCACAGCUCAACGUCCCUCAGUGUCUCUGAUCAUCAGUCCCAGCAGAAGUCAACACUUCUCAUCUCACUCACUCUCUCUGAACUGUGAGGAUCACAAUAACUCCACUGGAUGGACAGUGAGAAGAAACACAGACAGUGAGAGAAUGAAAGAUUGUUCAUCUACAGGAUCUACAUGUAAAAUCAGCUCCCUUAAAACAUCUGACACUGGAGUGUACUGGUGUCAGUCUCAAUCUGGAGAAAACAGUCAACAAAUUAACAUCACAGUACAUGAUGGUGAUGUGAUUCUGGAGAGUUCUGUUCAUCCUGUGAUUGAGGGAGAUACUCUGACUCUACACUGUUUACAUCGAUCUACAAACUCCUCAAUCCUCACAGCUGAUUUCUAUAAAGAUGGAUCACUCCUCCAGAAACAGACGACAGGAGAGAUGAGCAUCCCUACUGUCUCAAAGUCACAUGAGGGUUUCUACUCCUGUAAACACGGAGAGAGAGGACAGUCACCCAAGAGCUGGAUCUCAGUCACAGUCUCAGACGGUUCAUCUACUCGUCUGGUGAUUUGGGUGGUUGCGAGUGUCGCCUUGUUACUCAUCAUCUCACUGAUCCUGAUGUGCAGAUACAAAAACAACAAAGAUCAGCAGUGUAUCAACCAACAGACAUCAGUUCAGAAUCAGAGGACACGACCUGGAGAAUCCCAGACAGAAAACUGUACUCUACAGUCUGGUUGUGAUCACAUUUAUGAUAAUCUGGAUACAAACUAUAAGAAGAGCACAGGAGCAUCAACAGAUGAGGUCACAUAUUCAGACGUCACUAUUAAAAACAAGAUAUCUGUGGAUAAAGAUGAUAACAUGCCCGUGGCAAAUAAUGUGACAUAUUCAGAAGUCAGAACAAAAGUGAAGAAAUUCAAGAGCAAAGACGUUGAGACUGCAGGACCCGCCGAUUUGACUUACGCCCAGAUCAAUAUACACAACACAAAGAAAGCCAAGGGCAAAGGGAAAAGCAGUGAGUGUGGAGACACUGUUUACUCUGAUCUGAAGCAGAACACAGACAGAGGUGACAGUGCUGGAGUCCAUGCAACUUAUGCUCAAGUUUUUAAUCACCAAAAGAAAAAAACCCGGAAGAAUCAGCACAGCCUGGAUGUUGGGCAGCACACCACCCUGAGUGAUGGUCACUCCACCCAAGAAUUAGUUCAACUCCUCGUCAUUCUGCACUGCCAGCUGCAGGUGACGGGGAAUGAUACGAGUCUUCUUGUUGUCCCGAGCGGCGUUUCCAGCCAACUUCAGGAUCUCAGCGAGAUUGAAUAUGCUGAGGAGGAGGACUAUGCUUUUCUCGGGGAAGUGUUUACAGCUGCAGUUACAGAAUGGACAGAGACUGUUACAGUGAAUGGGGCUCCUGUCAAUUUUAAACUGGACACGAGGGCAGCCGUGACUGCUGUUCCAGAGGCCAUUUUCAAUGAAAACAAACUUGGUGAGUUAAAGACACCAUCAAAAGUUCUGUAUGGGCCAGGGCGCAACAUCCUUGAUGUAAAAAGGGGUUUUCGGAGCGUGUUGAAUGCAAAGGGACACAGCUGCACCCAAGAAGUGUAUGCUGUAAAUAAGCUCACGAAACCACUCUUAGGAUUACCAGCAAUAGAGUCCCUUAACCUAGUUCACCGCAUUGAAGCAGUCACAAAACAAGACAAUGACUUCAUUACUGCUUACCCCUCAGUGUUUACAGGUCUAGGGUUGCUGCAGGAGCCGUAUCACAUUAAACUGCAGAAGGAUGCAACACCAUAUGCCCUAUCAGCACCCCACCGUGUUCCCAUACCUCUAAGAGCAAAAGUGAAGGAGGAACUACACAGAAUGGAGCAGAUGGGGGUCAUUUCAAAGGUGAGCAGCCCUACAGAACGGUGUGCGGGGAUGGUUGUCAUUCCCAAGCCAAACGGAAAGAUCUGUAUAUGUGUGGAUUUAACAAACCUUAACAAAUGGGUUAAGAGAGAACGCCACAUUCUUCCAGCCAUUGAUCAAUCCUUGGCCAUGCUGUCAGAUUCCAAAAUAUUCACAAAACUAGAUGCACGAUCAGGUUUCUGGCAGAUUACCCUCACUUUGCCAGAACACUUUCAAAGACGAAUGUCCCAACUAUUGGAGAACUACAGCGGAGUGAUUUGUCAUGCUGACGAUAUCCUCGUCUUUGGGCGAAACAAAGCUGAACAUGACCACCGCCUGCACAGUGUCUUGAAAAAAAUUCAGUCAGUGGGCCUUACACUAAACGAAAAAUACCUGCAGCUAGAAAAAGAUGUACAGGUCUUUGUAGAUGCUAUUGUGUCUUCUCUCCCGGUAACAGAGGGUCAUUUGGAGCAGAUAAAAAGGGCUCAAAAAGAUGAUGAAAUCUGUAGACAGGUGAAGGAACACUGUCUCUCAGGCUGGCCUGGAAAACAUGAUGUGCGUAAAGAAUUGAGACCUUAUUGGCAGGGUAUCCCAGAGGAGGUCAUUUUGGACAACGGACCUCAGUUUGUCUCGCACACAUUCCAACAGUUUGCAAAAGACUGUAACUUUAAACACACUACAAGCAGCCCACAUUAUCCCCAAGCAAAUGGAGAGGCAGAGAGGGCUGUAUGCACAAUCAAAAGUCUGUGGGCUAAAGAAAAAGACCACCACAAAGCCCUGCUGACUAACAGAGCAAACCUAUGGAGCAAGGGUUUUGUGGAAGAUGUCUAUGCUCCACUUUACCUCAAAUCACAGGGAAGCUGGAGCCCAGGUGGCCGGACCUGCAGGAGUUCAGAAAAAAAGGAUGAGGAAGGGAGAAAACGCAAGGCAGUGAAUUACAAUUACCCCCAUAAGUCACAUCCCUUACCACAACUUCAGCGUGAACAGAAAGUGUGGCUUGCCACUGAACAGAUCUAUGGAUCUGUCUGCGGACUGGCUCAUACACCAAGAUCUUACCUGGUGCAGACAGAGAGAGGAAUGCUGCGGAGAAACAGAAAGCAUCUCCGCCCCAUUAGAGUGCUGAUGUCUAACAGCUACUCUGAACAUACUCCAGGUUCUGUUGUGAAGGCAGAUUCAGAGACAGGAGGAGGAUCUAAUUCACAAGAGAUUCCUAAACCUGUUCUGACUGUACAGCCAACAUCACCGAUAUUCAGAGGAGAGAAUGUCACUCUCACAUGUGACGUACAGAUGACAGAAGUGACAGACUGGACAUACAGAUGGCGGUGUGAUGGUGCUGAUGGUCCCUAUAAAGAGAGAGAGUACACGAUUACUGUACAAAACAACAAGACCUGCAUGUGUACCAGAACAUCUCAGCAGAACAGCUCUCACUGGAGUAAUGAAGUGACUCUCACUGUGAUUGAGAUUCCUAAACCUGUUCUGACUGUAAAUCCUAAAACAUCACAGAUAUUCAGAGGAGAGAAUGUCACUCUCACAUGUGACGUACAGAUGACAGAAAUGACAGACUGGAAAUACAGAUGGCGGUGUGAUGGUGCUGAUGUUCAAGACUCUAAUGAGAUGAAAUAUGUAAUUAAAGAAAUUAGUGUACAAAACAAUCAGAAAUGUAAGUGUCGAGGUACCAGAACAUCUAGGCCAUUCUCCUCUGAUUGGAGUGAUGAUGUCACUCUUACUGUCAUUGAGAGACCAAAACCUGUAGUGCGUGUAAAUCCAGAUCAUCAUGUGUUCAGAGGAGAGACAGUCACUCUCACAUGUGACAUACAGAGAGAAACACACACUGAGUGGAGAUACAGCUGGAUUAAAGAUGGACACAUUUACUCCUCAUACACAUCAACUCCAGAUCUCAAGAUCAGAACUGAUUAUGAGUCUGAUAGUGGUAAAUACAGAUGUAGAGGAGAGAAAAUCAGUGACUCACAGAAAUCAGACAUCAGUGAUGCUGUUACACUGACUGUAUCAGAGAUUCCUAAACCUGUUCUGACUGUAAAUCCUAAAACAUCACAGAUAUUCAGAGGAGAGACUGUCACUCUCACAUGUGACGUACAGAUGACAGAAGUGACAGACUGGACAUACAGAUUGCAGUGUGAUGGUGCUGAUGUUCAAGACGUUUAUGAGAAAGAGUUCAAGAUUACUUUAAUGUACAGCCGUAAAUGCUGGUGUUACAUUAGCAGAACAUCUAGACCAGUCGGCACUUCCUGGAGUGAUGAAGUGUCAUUUACUGUCAUCGAGAGACCAAAACCUGUAGUGCGUGUAAAUCCAGAUCAUCAUGUGUUCAGAGGAGAGACAGUCACUCUCACAUGUGACAUACAGAGAGAAACACACACUGAGUGGAGAUACAGCUGGUUUAAAGAUGGUUUAGACAAUCCAGUCAGCACUGAGAGAGUGUACAGAAUCACAUCUGACAAAUCUCACAGUGGAAAAUACAGAUGUAGAGGAGAGAGGAAACAAGACUCACAGAGAUCAGACAUCAGUGAUGCUGUUACACUGACUGUAUCAGACUCAAAGCUCAAUCCUGAACUCACAUCAGAUACUGCAGGAGCUGCACUGACAGGAAACACGGUGACUCUGAUCUGUCACAUGACUCAGACCGCUGGAUGGGACUUUUACUGGUACAAACACACACAGAACUCUGAGAAAAAGAAGACAGAAACAAACUCCUACAGAGUCCAUAUUGAUUCAGUGUCUGAUGGAGGUCAGUACUGGUGUAGAGCUGGAAGAGGAGAACCAGUUUACUACACAAACUACAGUGAUGCACUGUGGGUCAAUGUCACAGCUCAACGUCCCUCAGUGUCUCUGAUCAUCAGUCCCAGCAGAAGUCAACACUUCUCAUCUCACUCUCUCUCUCUGAACUGUGAGGAUCACAAUAACUCUACUGGAUGGACAGUGAGAAGAUACACAGACAGUGAGAGAAUGAAAGAUUGUUCAUCUACAGGAUCUACAUGUAAAAUCAGCUCCCUUAAAACAUCUGACACUGGAGUGUACUGGUGUCAGUCUCAGUCUGGAGAAAACAGUCAACAAAUUAACAUCACAGUACAUGAUGGUGAUGUGAUUCUGGAGAGUUCUGUUCAUCCUGUGAUUGAGGGAGAUACUCUGACUCUACACUGUUUACAUCGAUCUACAAACUCCUCAAUCCUCACAGCUGAUUUCUAUAAAGAUGGAUCACUCCUCCAGAAUCAGACGACAGGAGAGAUGAGCAUCCCUACUGUCUCAAAGUCACAUGAGGGUUUCUACUCCUGUAAACACGGAGAGAGAGGACAGUCACCCAAGAGCUGGAUCUCAGUCACAGUCUCAGACGGUUCAUCUACUCGUCUGGUGAUUUGGGUGGUUGCGGGUCUGAGUGUCGCCUUGUUACUCAUCAUCUCAGUGAUCCUGAUGUGGAGAUACAAAAACAACAAAGAUCAGCAGUGUAUCAACCAACAGACAUCAGUUCAGAAUCAGAGGACACGACCUGGAGAAUCCCAGACAGAAAACUGUCCUCUACAGUCUGGUUGUGAUCACAUUUAUGAUGAUCUGGAUACAAUGUAUAAGAAGAGCACAGGAGCAUCAACAGAUGAGGUCACAUAUUCAGAGGUCACUAUUAAAACAAAGAUAUCUGUGGAUAAAGGUUGUGAUCAGAUUUAUGAUGAUGUGGAUACAAACUAUAAGAAGAGCACAGACGUUGAGACUGCAGGACCCGCCGAUUUGACUUACGCCCAGAUCAAUAUACACAACACAAAGAAAGCCAAGGGCAAAGAUGUUGGAAAAAGCUUCGCAGAUGUUUUAAUUGAAAUGAAAACUAAGGACAAUCAAAGAGGGAAAAGCAGUGAGUGUGGAGACACUGUUUACUCUGAUCUGAAGCAGAACACAGACAGAGGUGACAGUGCUGGAGUCGAUGCAACUUAUGCUCAAGAUUUUAAUCACCAAAAGAAAAAAACCCGGAAGAAUUGAUCAAGUUCAACUAUUUUAAAAUACACACAUUUACAUGUAGAAGAAACACUGAAAUCAAUCAAUGAUCAGCUCAUUCAUUAAAAAAGACACCUGACAAGAUAAAACUGGAUUUAGAUGAGAUUUUGAAAUGAGAUGUUUUUUAUCCAGUCUUGACGUCAACAUGUAAUGAGAGAAUGAUGUUAAAUGCCUUUACAUGCAAAAGUUCUGAUCAUUUUUCUUGUAUUUUGUGUCGGGAAGUUUGUACACAAACCUUCUGCUUUUUAUAAUGCGCUUAUUUUAAAUGUGUGUUUAAUAGUGGAACAUUUAUUGUAGUUGGGAACACACUUUCUUGUUUAAGCUCAGAAUUUGCACUCUUUCAUGUCAAUUGUAAACUAACUCUUACAUUAUAAACCUGUGUAUGUGUGUUUCUAUGUUUCUAUAAUGUCAGUGUAACUAUAUUCAUGUUUAAAUUAAUUGCAGUUUUCUGUCUGUGUUCUGCAGUGUCUCAAAGUUUCAAGAAUCACUUUAACCGCAAUAUCAGUUAUAUUUUCAUCAGUUAAACACUUCCUGUCUGUACUGAAGAUGUGCCAGUAUUUAUGAGGAGGAUUUUGCCAAGAGAAUAAGACUUUUAUUUAAGGUUUAUUUUUCAUAUGAUUUUGGAUCAGUUGAUUGUUUUUGUUUGAACAGUUUCUCAGAUUUUCUGUCAUUUUGAUGUAAAAUAAAAACAUAAACCUGA